AUGACGGAUACCACUGACGAUAUCGCCGAGGAAAUCUCCUUCCAGAGCUUCGACGAUGACUGUAAAUUGCUUGGCAACCUUCUCGCUGAUGUCCUGCAGCGCGAAGUUGGGAGCCAGUCUAUGGAAAAACUUGAACGAACUCGAGUCCUCGCUCAGAGCGCUUGCAACAUGAGGAUGGCGGGCAUCGAGGAUACGGCAGACAUGCUCGAGAAGCAGCUGGCGUCGGAGAUAUCGAAAAUGACUUUAGAGGAAGCCCUCACUCUAGCUCGUGCAUUCAGCCAUUCUCUCAACCUGAUGGGGAUUGCAGAAACCCACCACAGGGUUCGUAAGUCGAGAAAUAUGGCAUCUCUAUCAAGAUCUUGCGAUGAUGUUUUUAAUCAGUUAGUGCAGGGUGGAGUUUCUCCUGAAGAACUUUACGACAGCGUUUGCAAGCAGGAGGUUGAAAUUGUUCUUACAGCACAUCCAACUCAAAUAAAUCGUCGUACUUUGCAGUACAAACAUCUCCGCAUUGCUCGUCUAUUGGACUAUAAUGACCGACCUGAUCUUAGUCCUGAAGAUCGAGAAAUGCUAAUCGAUGAUCUGGUAAGAGAGAUAACUUCAAUAUGGCAGACAGAUGAACUUAGACGCCACAAGCCCACACCAGUUGAUGAAGCUAGGGCUGGUUUAAACAUUGUGGAACAGUCCCUGUGGAAAGCCGUCCCUUACUAUUUACGUCGACUCAGCAAUGCUUUAAAGAAGCACACUGGAAAGUCACUUCCUUUGACUUGCACACCAAUCAAAUUUGGGUCUUGGAUGGGAGGCGACAGGGAUGGAAAUCCAAAUGUCACAGCAAAAGUCACAAGAGAUGUCUCUCUUUUGUCUAGGUGGAUGGCUAUCGAUCUCUACAUUCGAGAGCUUGAUAGCUUGCAAUUUGAACUUUCCAUGAACCGAUGCAGUGAUAGAUUAUACAGACUGGCAGAUGAAAUUCUCGAAAAAGAAGCUGUAUCUGAAGACCGACGUGAUACAUGGAAUCAAUCUUCGCUCAAAAUUGAAUCGAAGAAUCAGAGCCAUCAAGCUGCUGCACUUCCAAGACAACUUCCACAUAGGGCUGAUCUACCUUCAUGCACGGACUGCAAUGAUGGUGAAUCCAGAUAUUCUAGAGUAGAAUUUCCCAGGACUGAUCAUACAUCAUCAAAUAAUCAGGAGACCUCUGAUCCAGAUACACGUCCAUCUUUAUCGAAUGGAGGUUCACCUACUGCAAGUGCACCUCGUUCUGCAUCUUUCAACUCUAGUCAACUCCUUGCUCAGAGGAAACUGUUUGCAGAAUCUCAGAUGGGGAGGUCCAGUUUUCAGAAGCUUUUAGAACCCAGGCUCCCUCCACGUCCUGGACUUGCACCCUACCGUGUUGUGCUUGGUAGUGUAAAAGACAAGCUUGUGAAAACACGAAGAAGGCAGGAGUUACUUCUCGAGGAUCUUCCUUGUGAACAAGAUCCUUCAGAUUACUAUGAGACUGCAGAUCAACUCUUGGAGCCGCUGCUUCUAUGCUAUGAGUCUCUGCAAUCAUGUGGAUCUGUGGUGCUUGCUGAUGGUCGGUUAGUUGAUCUGAUUAGAAGAGUUGCUACAUUUGGUAUGGUAUUAAUGAAGCUGGAUUUACGUCAGGAAUCUGGUAGACAUGCGGAAACUCUGGACGCCAUUACAGAGUACCUGGACAUGGGUACAUUUAGUGACUGGGAUGAAGAAAGGAAGUUGGAAUUUCUAACAAGAGAGCUAAAGGGGAAGCGACCACUGGUUCCUCCAACAAUUGAGGUUGCUUCUGAUGUUAAAGAGGUUUUGAACACCUUCCGUGUUGCUGCUGAGCUGGGGAGUGAAUCACUUGGUGCCUACGUGAUCUCUAUGGCCUCCAAUGCAAGUGACGUACUCGCAGUGGAACUUCUGCAGAAAGAUGCACGACUUGCUGUUAGUGGAGAGCUAGGACGGCCAUGUCCUGGUGGAACGUUGCGUGUGGUUCCUCUGUUUGAAACCGUGGACGACUUGAGGAAAGCAGGAUCAUCGAUAAGGAAACUAUUAUCUAUUGAUUGGUAUCGAGAACACAUCAUAAAGAACCAUAAUGGGCUCCAAGAGGUGAUGGUGGGUUAUUCUGAUUCUGGCAAAGAUGCUGGGCGCUUCACUGCUGCAUGGGAACUUUACAAAGCUCAAGAAGAUGUUGUGGCUGCAUGCAACGAGUAUGGUAUCAAAAUUACCCUGUUUCAUGGGCGUGGAGGGAGCAUUGGCCGUGGGGGUGGACCUACAUAUCUGGCCAUUCAAUCCCAGCCUCCAGGUUCGGUAAUGGGUACUCUACGAUCAACCGAGCAAGGGGAAAUGGUGCAGGCCAAGUUUGGAUUGCCUCAAACUGCUGUUAGACAGCUAGAAAUAUACACAACGGCUGUACUCCUUUCGACCCUACGUCCACCUCUUCCACCUCGAGAAACAAAAUGGCGUAAUCUCAUGGAGGAGAUCUCGAAAAUCAGCUGCGAGAACUACAGGAGCAUGGUAUAUGAAAAUCCAGAAUUCCUUGCUUACUUCCACGAGGCCACUCCUCAGGCAGAGCUUGGCUUCCUUAACAUUGGAAGCCGCCCAACAAGGAGAAAAACCUCCGUCGGGAUCGGACAUCUUCGAGCCAUACCAUGGGUUUUCGCUUGGACACAAACUAGAUCUGUUCUUCCAGCUUGGCUUGGGGUUGGGGCAGGUUUAAAAGGUGUAUGUGAAAAGGGUCACACCCAAGACUUGGAAUCAAUGUACCAAGAAUGGCCUUUCUUCCAGAGUACCCUAGACCUUAUAGAGAUGGUUUUAGGCAAAGCUGAUACUCAUAUUGCAAAGCAUUAUGAUGAAGUCCUCGUCUCCGAGAAUCGGCGCGAACUCGGAUCUGUACUGAGGAAGAAACUGGAAGAGACUGAGAAAUAUGUUCUGAUAGUUAGCAGGCACGGGAAACUAUCCGAGAACAAUCGGAGUUUGAGGAGGCUGAUCGAGAGCAGACUCCAUUAUCUGAAUCCUCUGAACCUGCUUCAAGUGGAGGUAUUAAAGAGGCUGAGAUGUGAUUCAGACAACAAAAAACUCAGAGAUGCAUUACUUAUUACAAUCAAUGGGAUCGCAGCAGGAAUGAGGAACACAGGUUAAGUUGAAUUCAUCAUUAAGACAAUGCUUUGCUUGUUGCUAAGAGGCUUUAGAAUAAGAGUCGUAUUUAUUUGGAUGUAGGGUUGUGCUAAAAAUUUGUGCAAGAAAAUGGUUGCUAUAUCAUAGUUCCAGGAUUGUAUUGGAUUUAAUUAAAUAACUUGGAACAUAUUUUUAUGCAAAUUCCAAGUCAAUUAUGUCCAUAA